CGUUCUACUUUAAAUAUUUUCAAAGCUUCUGAGAAAGAAGAAGAAUGUGGAGAACAGUUAGAAUGGUUUUUCUCUUCUCUUGGCUAUCAGAUGCUAGCAUGAAACAGAUCUGUACAUAUCAUGAUGUGGUCGAGUACCUGAACAUCUCCUCCAAGAAGGAACUCCUUUUAUAUUCUAUACCAAAGAAGAAUUGGGAAGAGACUUUGGAAGUUGGCCUUGAUUUCACUCUCAUCUCCAUUCUGUCGGUGGUCUGGAAAGAUGAAUUUAUCAGUUGGAACCCUUUGGACUUCUGUAACAUUACCAGUAUCACUCUUCCUGUGAACCUUUUUUGGACUCCUCACAUUUUCAUAGAUGAACAGUAUCUUUUCUAUUUUCUUUACCUUUUAAAUACGUUUUAAAACUUCAUUUUUAGAGAAAAUUCACAGUAAUACAGUAUUACAAUACUAACAGUAUUGACU